AUGGACGCGCCGGGCCUCCAGGCCGCGCUGCAGGCGUCCCGCGCGCAGCUACAGCAGGUGGAGCGGGCGCUGGGCGCCGCGGACCCCGCGGAGCGGGCCGACCUGCUCCGGCUGCGCGCGGACCUGCAGGAGCUGACCGCGCUGACCGAGGCGGCGCUGACCGAGGCCGGGCUGGGCGAGGCCGGACAGACCGAUACCGAGCUCGCCGAGCCGGGGCAGACCCAGGCCGCGGUCACCGAGCCCGGGCGCGGGGCCAAGGUGAGCGCGCCCUUCCCCGGCACCGGAGGCCUGCCCGAGUACCACAACGCCAUGGUGGUGAGCGCCGAGGCGGCGUGCGUGCGGGUGCUGUGCCUGUGCCCGACCCGCGCUGCGCUCAGGCCCUGCCCGUUCUACCUGGAGAACAGGUGCCGGUUCCAGGACAAGUGCAGGUUCUCCCACGGGGAGGUGGUCCCUCUUGAUGAGCUGCGUCCCUUCCAGGAGCCCGACCUCAGCUCGCUGCAGGCUGGCUCUGCGUGUCUGGCCAAGCACCAGGAUGGGCUCUGGCACCCGGCACACAUCACUGACAUGGACAGCGGUUACUACACGGUCAAGUUUGACUCGCUGCUGCUAAAGGAGGCGGUGGUGGAAGGAGACAGCAUUUUGCCCCCAUUGCACCCAGCGGCUGAAGAGUCCUCCAGCUCAGACAGCAGUGACACUGACAGCGACGGGGGUUCCAGCUAUGCCCGAGUGGUGGAGCCGAACGCCGUGGGUGCUGGGACCUGCAGUUCUGCCUUUGCUGGCUGGGAGGCCCACACACGGGGCAUCGGCUCCAAGCUCCUGGCCAAGAUGGGCUAUGUGCUUGGCAAGGGCCUGGGCCGGAACCUGGAGGGCAGGGUGGAACCUGUCCAGGCUGUGGUGUUGCCUCGUGGGAAGUCGCUGGACCAGUGUGCCGAAAUCCUGCAGAAGAAGGGCCGGCAGGACGGGGCGGGUGCUGCCAGGGCCCCGCGGGGCCGGCGGCGAGGGUCCGGGCCUGGGGGCCGCCUGCCACCCCGCAGCAUCUUUGACUUCCUGAAUGAGAAGCUACAGGGUCAGGCCCCUGUGGCCUCACAGGCUGAGGUGGUCCCGUCCACGCAGAGGGGCAAGGACAUGUACCACGCCAGCAAGAGCGCCAAGCAAGCCCUGAGCCUGCGGCUCUUCCAGACUGAAGAGCAGAUCGAGCGGACCCAGCGAGACAUCCGCAGCAUCCAAGAGGCCCUGGCCCGCAACGCUGGCCGGGCAGCUGCGGCCCAGCUGGAGGAAAAGCUGGCAGGAGCCCAGCGGCAGCUGGGGCAGCUCCGGGCCCAGGAGGCUGGCCUGCAACGGGAGCAGAAGAAGGCCGACACCCACAAGAAGAUGACGGAGUUUUAGUGACCCCAGGCCACAAGCACGGCCCCAGGAGCCAGCCAGGUUGUGCAGCCACUUGGGCUGUCAUGGACACUAAGAAAGAUCUACCCUACCCUGCUUGGCCCUACUCCAGUCUCGGUGGCCUGUGGAAUGGACAUGGGGCUGGACGGUGGCUUCUGGACACUGUCCCCCACUCGUGUCUUGGGCAUUUCCUCAGUGAGGACAUUAAAGUGGUUUCAUCAUGUC